CCCCCCUGCCUGCCCCUAAGUGAAACCCUAGAAGCCAAGCCAAGCCAAGAGAAUGGCGUCCCUCAGCAAGCGCGGCGCCGGCGGCGAAGGGGAUGGCAUCCUGGCCUCCUUCUCCCGGUCUUCCGUGGCGGCGCAUGGCCGCGAGGCGGCGACCAUGGCCAAGAAGCUGCUGCGGAGCACGGGGAAGGCCGCCUGGAUCGCGGGGACCACCUUCCUCGUCCUCGUCGUCCCGCUCAUCAUCGAGAUGGAUCGCGAGCAGCAGCUCAACGACCUCGAGCUCCAGCAGCAAGCACUCCUCGGCCCCGCGCCUCCUUCCAAAUGAUCCAAUCUAAUCUUGUUAUCUUUUCUUCCAUACCCUACUGCUCCAUAUCUCUAGUGAGUACUAGUGCUACUUAGUCUUUGCCUGCCUUGUCCAAUCAAACCAUGGAUGUUUUGAUUUCUCGCUCCUUCUAUGAGAUGCAAAUAAAUCUCCAUUUAUGUCUGUCUACUUUAUUAUUCCGAUAACAUGUUGUUGUGCCGUUUAUUAUGUGCUUCUUUGCUUUCGAUUUACAUCAUCCAGUUGAAGUUUAGAUGUUCUUUUUCUUAC